AAAAUCCAAGACCAGGGAGGGAAACUGGAGAAGUGUUUAUGUCCAGGGGAAUGUGGAGGAGAAUCUGAGGGGCAGGAGACAGAUGCGGGCACAUGAAGAAGAGUGAGAGGGAAUGGAGGACAAAUACGGGAGAGGGGCACAUGAAUGGAACAGAAAACUGAGAUGGUCACUGUUGUGAUCGGGAAGGGAACGUGGAAGGCUAUAAUGUCAGCUUUACCAACCAGUAGAGGGUAAGUAGUGGCUUUCUCCCUCCAAGCAAACAUGAGGUAGUCUUACAUUUUGCAUUUAAGGUUGAAUUUUGAAUCUGAGAUAUUGUGCACAAAUUGUGGAUGAGGAAGCUCCUGGUUACAUUUUCCUCUGCCUUCUGAUAUUUGAACAAUAAUUUUUCUCUUUAUCGUGUUAUUUUUAAAGUCAGUCUCAUGAUGUUUCGGAAUCUGAUUCCAGAUGUAUGCAUGGUUACUUGUCAAUACUGCAUCUGUCACCCUCCUUCAUUUCUCCCACUGCAAUUUCUGAUUCUCUGUUCACCCCCAAUCUCCUCAGCCGCAGAAUCGAGACCAGUAGCAAACUUCCCAUGGAGUGUGAUAAAAUAGUUCCCCCAGUGGCAAACUGUGGGAAGUUUGACAGAUCCAGAGGCUAUUCAGUAAUGGAGCUCAGAAUUAUGCUUCUCUGGGGAGCUUGCCUGCCUGUUUCCCUUUCUCUUUCAUGUCCUAGGACCUGGAAAGCUACAGAGGGAGGCUCCUUUUUGGUGGACCAUUGGAAGUUUAUUGGCCUGAGAGAGCCAUCUGUUAUCAUUCCAAGUUUGGGUGAGCCUGGAAAUGAAGAAAGAAGAGAGUAGAGUUGUAUUUAAAAUGGAAGUUGACAUAAAUGGAGAGACCAGAACUACCAUAGCUACACUUCCCUUACCUGUUGCGGAGGUGAGUUCUACAGGCAAAGUGGAAGCAGAGAAACCUCGAUGCUCCAGCACCCCAUGCUCACCGAUGCGACGGACUGUUUCAGGUUAUCAGAUCCUUCACAUGGAUUCUAACUACUUGGUUGGCUUCACAACUGGUGAGGAGCUCUUGAAAUUAGCCCAAAAGUGUACAGGAAGUGAGGAAAAUAAAGUGGAAGCUGUGCCCACCGUACGCUCCAAACAACUUGAUUCAGGACUUACACGUUCCUCACGGUUGUACAAAGCUAGAAGUAGAUACUACCAGCCAUAUGAGAUCCCAGCUGUAAAUGGAAGGAGGAGAAGACGGAUGCCCAGCUCAGGGGAUAAAUGCACUAAGGCUUUACCAUAUGAACCCUACAAGGCACUUCAUGGUCCUCUGCCUCUUUGUCUCCUCAAAGGUAAGAGGGCUCACUCUAAAUCCCUGGACUACCUCAAUUUAGACAAAAUGAACAUCAAGGAACCUGCUGACACAGAAGUGCUACAAUACCAGCUCCAGCACCUUACCCUAAGAGGGGACCGUAUGUUUGCUAGAAACAACACAUGAAUUACCAUGUGGAAAUUAAAGCCAACUCCUGGUAAUUUCUUCAUUGCUGCAAAAAUCCACUGUUGGACUGUGUACAUGACUGUCCACAUUGUAGGUGGUUGUAUCAGCUAAGUAUUAUCAGAACGUUAUUUAUUGAAUAUAAUUUUGAAAACUCAAAAUGUAACAUAUUUGGAGGGAAACUGAAGAAAAUCUGACUGCAAUUGGUGGACAUUUCUUUGGGACACUUUUUAACAAAGAAAAGGCUUUUGUACAGGUAUCCAGUAUUUACAGUGAUUUGACACUCAGAAAUUGGUGAUGGUGUCUACUUAGUUGUUGCUAAUUUGGCUUGCUAUUGGAAGUUGCUGUUGAAUAAGCAUCAAGUUCUUCUUUUGUCAUUUUCUGUACUUUACAGUAAAAUGUAUGUAUGGUAAUGGUUUGUUACACUACAGAAAGAAUGUGAACCUGGCUGAAUUGGACCACUUGUUAUUUAAAACAAUCUAGUUUAAACAUUUUGAAACUCGGUCUGCGCUAUAAAAAAGUUUCACUGAUGCAAAUGAACAAAGGUUUAUUUUUACUUAAAAUUUAUUGAACAGUUAUUUUUUAGUUGCACAUGAGAAUAGUUGCUUUUCUUUGUUUUAAAAACAUUGGUUAAAUAAGUAUUUGGAAUAUUUAAAAAAAACGUUCUAGAAGUAAGUAUUUUCAUUAAAUUUUAAGAUGAUUUAAUGUAAUACAUUUUGGAAGUUUUACAUUGUCUUGACAUAUAAAAAAGGACCCACUUUAGAUCCAAUAUAUAGAUUAGAAUGUCUACAUCAGAAAGUAGUAUUGAAUGAAAUUUUUGAUUUUUAAAUCAUUAUUUAUAUUACAUAUGUACUUAUGGAAGAUGUUAAAAAAAUAGCUUUAGCACUGCACUAGAAAUUCCAGUUAUUUGCAGCACCAAACACUUUUUUUUAAAUUAAAAAUCUAGAUGCCUGACUUAGUUUGAAGGCGUAGAGUGCUUCUGUAGCAGCCUUGAAGUGCUGAAUCUGGAUUUAACAAUUUAUAUCAAAUACACUGGCUUAAUUUGUUGCUUAAGAAAUCAUGUCCAACCAUGACAGGAAAUGCAAUUUUAACUACUGCAAAUUUAAAUAUAUUUGGAAAAUAUAUAGCUUGCCUUUGUAAAAGUACUAUUUUUCAUUCUUUGUCUUUUUUUAAAAGUGCAAGUUAUUACUGAGGCAAUGUGCAGCCAUGCUUGGUUUUGCUCAGUAAGUUAUUUAGAAGUUAAAGAUUUAAAUAAGCACCAUGUCUAUGAAGUAGAAAUAAUUUUUAAUUGGUCAGUCAUCCCUGGCACAAUUCUGAUUUUUUUCAGAAAGAAUGGAAAGCACUAGUGCAGAGUGUGUGUUGUGGAAAAACAAGAAUUCUUUUCUUUCUUUCACUUACUCCACAGUUGUAUUUGGCUACAGCAAAGAGCCUGUAGAUAGUUUGCAUUCUACUGGUUUGGUUGAUUUUUUUUUUUUUUAAGGUAUGUUAGGAAUCUUUACAGCUGAUGUAUAUUUUAAAGUAAACUGCACCUCUGUAAACUUAUUGUAUUGAAGAAUGAUCUCUAAACUAUUCCUAUAUAGUCUCUAGUUUCACAAACAGAAUACUGUCAGAUGCCAAAGAGAGCUGGGUUUUAUGUUUAAUGAUUAAACAUCACUAUUUAUUGAUUUUUACCCUAUGAAACUGUAUUUCUGGCUAUGAAAUAAAAGGGUGAUGUAAAUAUA